CCAGCCUGUCUUUCUUCACAGUACACAUACAGUCGCUUUACGCUCUAUUGGUAGCUCGACAUGUCAGAUUUGUUCCUCUGAGCUUCUUGUGUUCGUCUCUGCGCUGAACACCACGGUAUACACCAUUACUGCCUCCUCUUCUAUUCGACGUGCAUGCAUUUGGUUGAAACAUGGCUGGAGCACGACAGGAACAACAAAGCACGAGAGCCGAGGAAAAAAGAGUCACAUCCAGAAAAUACAAACCUGUGCUGACUGUUUUGGUUAAAGUGUGAAGAUGACGUACGCGAGUGACAAGCUGUAUAAUGAGGUCAUAAAGAGGAUGAUGGCUCGUUUGGCUUCACUAGUCAAAGUGAGAGAAAUCAUUCCGUACUUGCCCUGCCUCACACUUACUGAUCGGGAGGAGAUUGAGGCUAAGAGAGAAAAUGCAGGAAACUAUAGUGCUAUGAUAUUGCUGCUGGAUUGCCUGCGCAGACGAGAGAACUGGCCUGAAGAGUUCAUUGCUGCACUGAGGGAUUGUGAGCAUUUGGCUCUGGCUGAUGAGAUCGGCAAUGCUUAUGACAGAAUAAGGGGAAUCAACACUCAGAGGACAGCCCCUGCAGCUGUUGCUUCUGCUUCAGGUCCAGCUUCUGCUACAGGUCCAGCUCCUGCUGUUAGCGCUGCUGUUGCUACCGCCUCUCCUCCUGCUCCUGUCCCUGUCCCUGUCACCACUUCUGCUGCUACUCCAUCUCCAGCUCAAUCUCCAGCAACAACAGUUACCACAGCAACAAUCCACAAUGCCCCCCACUCCAUCCCUCCCUUGCUGACCCCUUCUCCAGGGGAGGCCCCAGCUCAGGCAGCUGCUCCUGUCCCUGUCCACUCUCCCCCAGAGUCCCUUCCCAGCAUAGCUGCCCCAGGCCCUGCAGAACCACCUGCUACAGUUCCAACUCGAGACGCUUCAGCGGCCCCUCCUCGUGAACCAGCCCAGCCUUCUGAACCCUCACCCCUAGUGUCAACUCCCCAAGCAGAGCCUCCUUCUCCAGUCUCUGCUUCCAAGGUGACCCCCUCUAUUAAGCAAAAUGAAGUCUCUUUUAACCCUGGAGUAACACCCUCCUUAGACUCCUCUGAUGACUUGACUCUCACGGCUGUUUCCGAAGCAUCCUCAGCUGCUGCUACUUCCCUUUCUACUAACACUGUAACCACUUCCCCAUCCCAGCCCAACACACUCAGCACCUCUUGCCAGCCUCCUGCUUCACAUGAGGAGAGCAAAAUACCACUGGCAGUUGCUGAGAGCUCCACCUCUGUGAAGCAUCCCAUUCAAGACACCAGUCCUCCAGAGAACGAGACUGUCUUAGAACAGAACUCAAACACCAACGCAACUGUCAGUCAGUUUUUGGAGACAGUACAGACCACAGUGUUGCAAAACUCCCAGGCUCCGGCAGCAUCUCCAGAAACAGCACAGGUUUUACCUUCAGCAUCUAAUGAUGCAGUUGCCGGUCUCCUGUCCCAUACAGCUGCAAUACACGAGGAGUAUUUCAGCAAGCCUGGCACUCUAAUGGAGCCCUCCUUGGAAAGUUAUGAUGAUCUCCAGAUCAGCCGUCCCCCAACAGUGACCGCAGGCUCUUCACCAGUGCAACCAAUCAGACCUGCACCUGUGUCCAGACACCCGCAGCCCGAGGAACAAUCAGAGGAGCCCUGCUCAGUCACUUCUAAUGAAUUAAUGUUCAGCCGUUCCACCGCAGGGAUCACCAGCUCUUCCAUAACGCAAGACUCCCAGCACUCUCCCCCUGAGCAUGUGGAAGUACCAACAGAGCCUGUUCCAGUAUCUGAUCUCACAGCUGCUGCUGAAAAUCUAGUUCCACACUCUACUCCAGAGGAAAACAGCUUUCCAGAAGGAGAUGCUGCUUUCUCUCAUAAUCAGCCAGUGGAGGACCAUUAUGAGUCUUUCUCUCAGAGUUUGCAGGCAGAGCCAGGGACAUUGGUGAAUGUUGUCCAGGUUUCUGAGGAGCCAUCAAUUCUAAAUCUCAAUGGACAGCCUCCAAGCAUGAUUGGUAUUUCAGUUCGCCCAAAUAAUAAAGAAGUAAACCUAAACCGCGCUACCCAAGCUGAGAGUCCUCUUCAGUCUGUCGUGUCUGAAGAUCAGCCUAAAACCCUGCAGAACCAGGGCAUCGCACAGUGCACACAGAGAAAUGAGGGUCAUGCCAGUCCUGCUGCCACUUCUACAUACCAGGAGUUGGGAUUCAAUUCUUCAAGGCUGAUGAACCCCCCUAAAUCAGAGCAGAGAGAAGAGGCAGAAAAGUCCCAAGGAGUGCUGUCCCAACUUCAGCGUGACCCACGCCUUAUUGCAGCUACAGCAGCUGUUGGCGUGGCUAUCUUGGCCAUGGCCUGGAAGCUCAAGCACUAACACGGGAGCGGGACUGCAUACCAACUUCUAACUGUAUGCCACCACUGCUGCCUUGAUAAAGCAACGAAGUAUCUUAACUUAAGGCUGCCCCUUGGUACAGACCACUGUGGUCGUGUCGUCAUUUUGUAGUCGGCGCCAUGCUCUUAUGGCCAUAUUAGGAACUCCGGGUCUAUGCUCCAUGUCUCUAUGGCCAGAAUGUAUAGGGUUUUCCAAAAAAAAUCGCCUCUUUUGCACCCUGUGUUAAAUAAAAAAUGUGCAGAACUGAAACGUUUUGUCCUGUGCACUUUUUUUUCCCCGAAUACCGCUGGAUCCUCCGAAUUACAAGGUCGUAAAGAGCUAUAAUACUAGUAUUGCUACACGUGAGCUAAAGCUACUACGCAUCAAUUUGAUGUCACUAAGCUACACAAACCUAAGGCAGGCUAUGGCUGUGAUACUUUAUCGAAAUGUUCUGCUGUAGCGCAUAUUUACGUGUAUACCCGUAAAUAAAACCUCUAGGUAAGAUAUUUUGAUAGGCUAAAACAACUUGUCAAAAAAUACUACCAGUGUUAAAACUACGAGGCUGAAUUUAGCUUCUUUUUCCAUCAGCUUCUUGUUUUAAUGCUCCCGUUCCACCUUAAACGGUGCAGCAGCUGUGACUAGCUAUCACGAACAUAAGCAAACAAGACAAAAUACUGACCUGUUAGUUCGGUGAAAUAGCAAACAUAAGUUCAUGUUACUCAGCUGUUAAGUGGAAAUAGAGAAACCUCCUCAUAUCAUGACUUUCAACCUUCCAUGAAGCUAAAGUCAGCUUUUUCGCCGGCUGCUUGUUUGA